AGAUCAUGCAAAAGAAUGACCUGGGGAAACUGGACAACUGUCAGGGAAUUUAUUCUUAUGAGCUUCUCAAGCUUGUCCUAUGAAAUACAGGCUCUACUAUUUCUCUUGUUUUUGAUCAUUUAUCUAGUCACACUCAUGGGCAAUGUCCUCAUCAUCCUGGUUACUACAGCUGACUCUGCCCUGCAAAGUCCUAUGUACUUCUUCCUCAGAAACUUAUCCUUCCUGGAAAUAGGCUUCAACUUAGUCAUUGUGCCCAAGAUGUUGAGUACUCUGAUACUCCAAGACAAAACCAUUUCCUUCCUUGGCUGUGCUACUCAGAUGUAUUUCUUCUUUUUCUUUGGGGCUGCUGAGUGUUGCCUCCUGGCCACAAUGGCAUAUGACCGCUACAUGGCAAUCUGUGAUCCCUUGCACUACCCAAUUAUCAUGAGCCGCAGGUCCUGUGCCCAGCUGGCAGCUGCCUCUUGGUUCUCGGGGUUCCCAGUGGCCACUGUGCAAACCACAUGGAUUUUCAGUUUCCCUUUUUGUGGCCCCAACACGGUAAACCACUUCUUCUGUGAUAGCCCCCCUGUCAUAGCCCUAGUCUGUGCUGAUACCUCCCUGUUUGAACUGGAGGCUCUGACAGCCACUGUCCUAUUCAUCCUCUUUCCUUUCUUGUUGAUCCUGGGUUCCUAUGUCCGCAUCCUCUCCACCAUCUUCAGGAUGCCUUCAGCUGAGGGGAAACGCAAAGCCUUUUCCACUUGCUCCUCCCAUCUCCUGGUUGUCUCCCUCUUCUACAGCACUGCCAUCCUCACAUACUUCCGGCCACGCUCAAACACAUCCCCUGAGAACAAGAAGAUGUUGUCACUCUCCUAUACAGUUGUCACUCCCAUGUUGAACCCCAUCAUCUACAGCUUAAGGAAUAAUGAGGUGAAGGCUGCAUUGAGGCGGAUCAUUCACAGAACUCUGGGCCCUCAGAAACUAUGAUUGACUUAG